CUCUUCCUCAGCAGAGUUUGGAAAGGUCAGAGAGAGUGCGAUCGAAUCGACAGCUCUCUGACAACAAAGAUCUGAGAAGAUGGAUUUUUAACACCCCUUUUUACCGUGUCUUGUGUAUCUGGCGUCGUUAUUAUGCAGCGUUCUGCACGUUGUUUCUUUCAACCCUAAAUAAGAUCAAUUUAAGCCCCUGUCCGUGUUGCUGAGCGUUUGCUAACUUGGCUUAACCCUUUGUCGUCUUGAUCGCACUUGACUGGAUCAUAUUUUCAAGAAGCAUCUGACGAUCCGCGUCCCUUCAGAAAUGGAUUUUGAUAGUGUUCCAGGCGACAUCAGCCCUGUAUGUGAUCCGUUCAGCACCGGGCCCGAAUCAGUCCUCCGACCUCUCCGGUUCUCCUUGCCGGAGCUCGGGGCGAGGGGCUCCCCCUGCCUGAAUAACCUGGCCUCCCCCGGACCCAUGGCAAUGCUGUCCCCCGUGACUAACCUGGCUCUAAACCUGAAUAAUCUCGCUGUUCUUGGAGGGCAAUGUGAGACACCAAAGCGGAAGAGAACCUUGCCCCUCCUGAAGAUCCCUUCCUUCGCCUCUGAUGCCUCCUCCGAUGCAGGUCUUGGGUUAGAUUCUCCCAGCCCUUUGGACUCUCUGGAUGCUGAGCAGAAGUUUGAGAAGGCCAUGCAGGAUGCCACACGAGCGGUUAAUGAAAAAAUGCCCAUUCGCAGGAUACACUCUUUGCCACUACCAUUUUUGGGUCACAGUCCUAAUUUGAAGAGUAAAGAAUUGGAUCCCUCGCGCUAUGGAGUGUGGACUCGUGCACAUGGCUGCGACAACAAAGAGAACCUGGCUGAGGAGCACUUUGAGUUCAAGAAGCCUUCCAUGCCUGCGUCACGCUUCCGUAUGCGGUCCACUGGGGGUGCCAAGGAUGCUUUUGCCUGCCGACCCAACUCUGCUCCUGCUUUAAUGCUUUCCCCUACAUCAUCCUUUCAACCUGACUCUUCAGAUGAGAGCAGUCCCUUUAUAUUGCGCCGCCCCUCUCUCUCCUGUCUACACGAUGAUGAUGAUGAUGGCUUCUUGGAGGGGCUUGAUGAUAUGGAGAAUGACUCCGAGGUUCCUCUUGGAAUGGACAGUCUUCUCACAGCUCCUCUGGUGGCUAAACAAAGUACUGAGUAUACAGAUUCGCCUGUUAUUCGCUGCCGUCCACGUGGGCUGUUCCGAUCUCCCUCUAUGCCAAGCCCGGGAGGGCGUUUCCCAUUGAAGAGACCCGAGAGGCCUCAAGAUGAGAACACGCCAGUCAGAGUGAAGAGGAGGCGGAGCCUGGCAGGGACACAAGUUGCACCUGCAGAACAAGAGGAUGUUAUACCUCAUCAGGUUCAAAGAUCCAAGUCAUUUAAUCACUCACAAAUUGAAAGAAUGUUGGAUUCAGAUCCUAGUAAUGUGAUUGGAGAUUUCACCAAGGCUCCUGCGCUACCCACGGUAGAAGGAAAACACCAAGAAUUGAAAUACAUCACUCCAGAGAUUAUGGUUAAAGCAAUGACCGGACAAUACAGCGAUCUGGUUGAGAGGCUGUUUGUCAUUGACUGCCGUUAUCCGUAUGAAUAUGAUGGCGGCCAUAUUAAGGGUGCUCUUAACCUCCAUCAAGAGGAUCAAAUUGAAGACUACUUUUUGCAGAAUCCUAUUCUCUCGGAAUGCCCAGAGAAGCGUGUCCUGCUGGUUUUCCACUGUGAAUUUUCAUCUGAACGCGGCCCACGGAUGUGCCGCUACGUUCGAAAAAGAGAUCGAGAUUUGAAUGAGAAGGAGUACCCCAACCUCCAUUACCCUGAACUCUAUAUCCUGAAGGGAGGCUACAAAGACUUUUUCCCGCUUCACAAGUCGGUGUGUGAACCUCAGGCUUAUAGGCCGAUGCAUCAUGAAGACUAUAAAGAAGAUCUGAGAAAGUUCCGUCUUAGGAGCCGCACUUGGGCUGGAGAACGCAGCAAGAGAGACAUGUACAGCCGUCUCAAAAAACUUUGAGACGCAUGUGCUCACAAUCCCUCAUAAUUCUGCUGCCUUUACUUGCUCAAAUGCUGCCCUCACACAUGAGACUGCAGAGUCCUGAUUAGGUGUUUGCUGGGACUUGCUCUGUGAGAGGGACUUGUUCUGAGGGUUUGGUAUUGAUUUAGUAUUGCAAACUCAAAUGAGGCAGAGAUGUUACUAUGCAUCUCCACCUGGUUUGGUUUGAUAAACUGCCAUUAUUCACCACCCUCAUCUUCCAUUUGAAGCACACAGCUACAUGUCACUGCCAUCUAUUACACAUACACUUUUUUUUUUUUAAUUUUUUUUUUAAUUUACUAACCUGUAUUUUUAUUCCCCCACUGGUCUGUCCUAACUCAUGUCAGAUUUCAAUUAUUUACUCUUAACUUGCUUUUUUCCCCUCCUAAUGAGCACUUUUUAAAGUUGUUGUGGUGAAUAAGUGCUUUUAUGCGUUCAUUUUGCCCCCUUUCUCACAUUUGGUCAGUUGCCCAAUGAUAUAGAGCAGGAGAACCAAUUAAUAUUCCAUUUAUUGUAUAAAUUGGUUUACGCGUUCUGAAUUUCUCAAUUAUGUAUAUUUUCAUAUCACAGAAUAAUGAUUUUAAUUAUUUUUACCCCCUAAAUGUUAGAAGUAUGUAUAGCUCCCUGGUGACAUAUUGGUUUCACUGUCAAAUUUAUUUUUUCUUUUUUGACUGACAGCUUUAACUCAGGGGCAGAAUCCUGACUUUUGCUGCUGGUCAGCAAGUGAUGACCACAUCCGUGUUCACCAAAGUGUUCUAAGACGAGAUUUAGUUCUAAUUGUCCAUAACCCAUUGACAGUUGAGUUACAAUUCUCUCUCCCGCAAGUGUGUUUUGUCAAUUUUAUCUUCCUGAGUGUGUUUUAUUGGUCAUGUGUGACUGAGAGGCUGGUUUAUGUGUUCCUGAAUAAACUUGGAGUUUGGGGUGUUAA